AUGUCUAGAUCCGUCAGCCAACGAAACAGCAGUAUCGUCCGGCGAACACGAAAGUUUGUUAAACAUGAGAAUUGGUCAGGCGGUACUCCACCUGCACCGAAGGAAGUGCCAGACUAUAACCAAAAAUUCACCAAAUCUUGGAACUUCGUCAAGGUUGUUUAUUUUGUUAAUUUCAUUCUUCACCUUCUCAACCGUAUCUCAUACUUGCAGAACAAUACAUUCUUGAAUCUGGAUGCUAAGCAUCCAGAUGAACGUCAACUAUGUUCCAACACACUUGCAAGCUAUGGUCAACAGCCUCGUUACAGAGUCUACCUGGAUCGACGAGGUACAACUGAAUGUCUUGAAUAUCUCUUCAAGAACGAAGUUCUUGGCACACUAGUUCGUUUGAGCGAAGCAGACAGGCCUUUCGGCAUUCAAACUGAGGUUCUUCGUGCGGUCCAAAAUAUGGUCGUUCUACUGGACGAGCAAUUCCUUGUCCACUCUGCCACUCAUAACUUCGACUACUCCGUAACUAUCGUUGAAGCUGAAGAACGAUACCAGAUUGAAGGUGCAAGUGCUCAAGACAUAUUGCGCGCGCUGGUGGCAGUUGUACACCGGUAUACUGGGGAUACACAUGCCGUUCUCGGGACUCCUUCCUCUGUUCUUCAUAUCGAUCUUUCUCCCGAAGACUAUCUAGAUUCAAUACACGUAACAGAGACCGAGUCAUUAAAUACCGGAGACCUAAACGUCUUCCUUUUGCAUUUGCACCUCGCUCUUGUCAUCCAAAAUCGCACAACUCCUAUCGGCCAUGUCCAAUCAAAUGCGGCCAAAAACCCGGAAAAAGCAGCUAUCAUCACUCAAACCAGAACUUACAAGUUGAAGUAUGGUUCGUUACUCAAUGCAGCAAAUUCUUUUUCAAAUCAUCUGCUGGAACAUGGAGUUCAGCGCGGAGAUGUGGUGAUGAUAUAUGCUCAUCGAUCUGCUGACCUCGUUCUGGCGGUGCUUGGGACACUCGGUGCUGGUGCAACAUUCAGUGUCAUCGAUCCUGCAUAUCCGCCUGAAAGGCAGAUCGUCUACCUCUCCGUUGCACGCACAAGGGCAGUCAUUAUACUCCAGGGUGCCCAGGACCUCAAUCCUGUCGAUGAACUGCGAGGAUAUUGGGAGAAAGAUUUGGGCGGUGUGAAAGUCUGCAUCGAGGGUGUUAGCCUGGGCAAAGAUGGCACUGUGCACGCGGACGGAUCAAUCUUGAAAGUAAACGUAGCAGAUCCUGGUGUAGUUCUGGGCCCGGACUCAAUUCCAACGCUCUCUUUCACUAGCGGGAGUACAGGUGUUCCGAAGGGUGUUAGGGGAAGACAUUACAGCCUGACGCACUUCUUUCCUUGCAUGCCUACCCUUAGUCUUGGCCCCGAGAGCAGAUUCACAAUGCUGAGCGGAUUGCACACGAUCCAAUUCAAAGAGAUAUUAGUAUUCACUCUUCUCUUCCUUGGCGCAUCUCUCCAUGUACCACCGUCAAGUGCUAUCGGGACCCCGGGUGCUCUCGCUGCCUGGAUGGAUGAGCAAAGUGUCACCGUGACGCAUUUGACUCCAGCUAUGGGGCAAUUGGUUACUACUACUGGUGUAAAUGAAGAUAUCACCCCUACUCAGAAAACUAUUCUAAACCUCUUUGCUUCCCUUCUUCCAAGAUUUACCCCAGGCUUCACAGGAGGAUCAUUUCCUUCCAUUCCCUCGAAUGAAUCAUUUUUCGAUCUCGGUGGACAUUCCAUCCUCGCUAUACGUCUCGUUUUUGAGAUGCGUAGAGCCUUUACAGUGUUGAAGGAUCGCAUUAGUCUGGGAGUUGUUUACAGUAAACACGGAGGGGAAAUAAUGUCCGUGUGUGGCUUAGCUUCGAUAGUGGAUGUCCUACGGGGUGAGGACCUGGGACUUCCCAUGGACACAAGUGUAGGACCCAAUGCAAAGGAAGGAAAUGGUAUACCUGAUAUUGAUGUGGACGAACAAGGAAAAGAAGAUAAUCACUACGCGCAAGAUCUUGAUGAACUCAUCUCUUCUCACCUUGCGUAUUCGUAUCCCUCCUACAAUGCAUCAUCUGCUCGGAGUUUACAUGUAUUCCUAACAGGCGCGACAGGUUUCCUAGGUGCAUUCAUUUUGCAGCAGCUUCUUGAGACUCAAUCCUCCUCUUCUUUUGUGUCUCAUGUCACCUGUCUCGUCCGUGCGUCUUCCCCCUCUUCCGCUAUAGCUCGCCUACGCGACUCCUGCGCAUCUCGCGGUGUAUGGUCCGAUUCAUGGAUAUCCAGUAACCGUCUUACCGUUCUUCCUGGUGAUCUUGCCCUACGCCACUUUGGUGUAGCAUUCUCCCAGUGGGAGAGAUUAGAGCAUGAAGUCGGCGUAGUAAUGCAUAAUGGUGCUUUGGUGCAUUGGGUAUACCCAUAUGAGAGGUUCAAGGCGCCGAACGUGAUGGGAACGCUCACUGCACUCGAAUUAGCAGGAACCCAGGGAAGGACCAGGUCUAUGGUGUUUAUUCUCGGUUGUUGCGUUCUGGAAAUGGAUGAUCUUGAGACUGCUCGGCGGGGACUUAGAACGGGAUACGGCCAGAUCAAAUGGGUUGCCGAAAAGCUGCUAUUCGAGGCAGGAAAGAGGGGUUUGAGUGGAUAUAUCAUCAGACCAGGAUAUGUUGUCGGGGAAAGUAAAGGUGGUGUCACGAACACGGACGACUUCGUGUGGCGGAUGGUCAAAGGAUGUGUGCAACUGGGAAGCAUUCCUGAUAUGUCUAAUGGGGUGAAUAUGGUGCCGGUGGACCGAGUAGCAAUGUGCUGUGUGAGUGCGGUGACAGCAAGCCUUAUCCCAUCAGAUAAUGCAUCGUCAGAGAAAAGCGGUCCUGGAGGCAACAUGAGUGUGAUGCACGUUACCGCACGUCCGCUGCCCACCUUCAAUGAUCUCUUUACUGCUCUCAAAAUAUACGGCUGGGCAGUGGAGAAGACAGAGUAUCUGCAGUGGCGAGAGGUGGAAGAAGAUAACGCUCUCUUCCCUUUUCUACAUUUUGUUCUCGAUGAUCUUCCUACAUCCACAAAGGCACCGAUGCUGGACGACAGGAACGCUGUAGCUGUUGUCGAGCGUGGCAGGAUUAGCGAGUACGAUCCCCCGAACACAAUCGACGAGAAGCUUAUGGGCCGGUAUCUUGCAUGGCUUGUUCGUGCCGGGUUGUUGCCUCCUCCACAGGACGGUCAAGGUGGCCAGAAUCUACCGGAACUCGAGGGUGGUGUUACUACGGCCGCAGGAAGAAGUGGAAUCUAA